AUGUUCGGUCUUGGAAAGCUACUCUAUGUAAUCAUAUUGACUGUGAACGGGAUUGCCGUUCUCAGUGAAGACCGAUUCCUCAACCGCAUAGGCUGGGGCUCUUCGGCUUCUUCCCCCAACGGCGGUGGCCAGUUCCAGCAAUACGGAAAUGGCUUCGAUCAAAACGACGGAACUUCGGUCAAAACCAAGAUUAUCAACUUGAUAGGUGCCAUCAGGACGUUAUUGCGAAUUCCUUUGAUAGCCAUAAAUGUAGUGGUGAUCUUGUACGAGUUGAUAUUGGGUUAG